AUGUUCGAGUUACCCGACAAGUUCGACAUGGUCGAGAUUGUCUCAAUCUUGUCUACACCCUCUACAAUUCUCCUUCUGAUAGGCACCACUGCCGUUAUCAGUCUCCUCCGAAACAAAUUUCGCCCAGGCAUCUGGGACAUUCCAGGACCUGCUCUUGCCGGCUACACCGCGCUCUGGCGAUGGCGGGACGUAUGCAAGGGUCAGGCGCACAGGACGGCAAUUAAUUUACAUCGAAAAUAUGGCUCCCUUGUUCGCAUCGGCCCGAACCAUGUGUCUGUGUCAGAUCCUCGGGAGAUUAAGAAGAUUUAUGGCCUGAAGUCUGGCUACACAAAGUCUGCGUUUUAUCCCAUCCAGUCCAUUACCUGGAAGGGAAAGCCCCAGCUGAACCUUUUCGGCACCCGAGAUGAAGCUUACCACCGCGAAAUGAAGAAACCGAUUGCCAAUGCAUUCAGUCUGACGACACUUCUGACAAAUGAACCAGCCGUGGAUGCUUGCAGCUUGCUUCUGUUUGAUAAGCUGAACCGGUUCGCAGACGAGAACGAGCCGGUAGACUUGGGCGAAUGGAUCCAGUUCUACACCUUUGACGUCGUGGGAGAGAUUACUUUCGCCAAAAAGCUGGGCUUCCUUGACAGAGGAGAAGAUGUUGACAGCAUGAUUGAGAGUAUCGAGGGCAUCCUGACAUACGCCAGCCAGGUUGGCCAGGUUCCGAUUUGGCACAACUUUCUACUGGGAAACCCUCUUCUCCCAUAUCUCCUGCCAUCGAUGGAGAACUGGAACCAAGUGCUUACAUUUACCUUAAAAGCUGUCAAUUCCGUUCUCGGACUGGACGGUUCCGGAGCAAGCCUCAAGAAGGGUGGAGAGCUUGACGUUGAGGCCCUAGAUCAACGCGGAGACAUGCUCAGCAAGUGGUACGCCGUCAAGCUUUCGUCGCCGGAGAGGAUGUCAACACGUGAUCUUGUCGUUCACCUGAGCACAAAUGUGUUUGCUGGAUCGGACACAACUGCCAUUGCCAUCCGCGCUGUACUCUAUCACCUGCUCAAGAACCCAGACAAGAUGCGCAAAGUUGUCAAGGAAAUCGACGAUGCGGCCGCUGAAGGAAAGCUCAGCCAGCCAGUAUCCUUCAAGGAGUCCACAAACCACCUGCCGUACAUGCAGGCUGUGAUUAAGGAGGGCCUCAGAAUUCAUCCAUCAGUUGGUCUUCUACUAGAACGACAUGUACCCCGAGGCGGCGCCGUGAUCUGCGGCAGGCACAUCCCCGAAGGUACCAUUGUCGGAAUCAACGCAUGGGUGACCCAGCAUGAUCCUGAGGUGUUCCCCAGCCCAGACAGCUUCGAGCCUGAGAGAUGGCUCAACGCCUCCGAGGACGAGCUGAAGAUGAUGGAUCAAUCGUUCUUCGCCUUUGGCGCCGGAACCCGCACUUGUAUCGGAAGACAUAUUGCGGCCAUGGAGAUGGCCAAGAUGAUCCCGGAAUUUUUAAGACGAUUUGAAGUUACACUUACUGAUCCGCAGGCAGAGUGGAAGACGAAGAAUAUCUGGUUUGUGCAGCAAGAGGGACUGAUUUGCAACUUGAAGAGAAGAGUCUAA